GGGCUGCGCUGGGGCCCGGGCCGGGGUUCGAGCGCCCGGGAAGGAAGAAGGAGAUGGCUCUUGGCCCGCUAUCCUCCCCUUCUCCGCCCGGCCUUUGGUAAGAAGGGAGAACGGAGCUUUUCGGGGAUUGGAUGCGAACAGCUACGAAGCAAACCCUGCCGGGUUUGGUCCCCGGCAAGGAUGAACUUGAACUCGGGGCCCAGGACGGAACUGGCGCCGUUUGUUUGCUGACGGCAGUGAACUUGGCCAUGAUAUGGAAGUAAUGAAGCCUUUGAUAGAUGAACAAAAUUUAGAUGGUACAUCUGAUGAAGAGCAUGAACAUGAGCUAUUGCCUGUUCAAAAACAUUACCAAAUUGACAGUCAAGAUGGCAUUUCAUUUAUGCAAACCCUUAUGCACCUACUUAAAGGAAAUAUUGGAACUGGCCUUCUAGGACUCCCUCUGGCAAUAAAAAAUGCUGGCAUUGUGCUUGGACCAAUCAGUCUUGUGUUUAUAGGAAUUAUAUCUGUUCACUGUAUGCGCAUGUUGGUACGUUGCAGUCACUUUCUCUGUCAGAGGUUUAAAAAAUCUUCAUUAGGGUAUAGUGACACUGUUUGUUUUGCUAUGGAAGUAAGUCCUUGGAAUUGCAUCCAAAAAAAAUCUUCUUUGGGAGGGAAUAUUGUGGACAUUUUUCUAGUGAUAACACAGCUGGGGUUCUGCAGUGCUUACAUUGUCUUCUUAGCUGAGAAUGUGAAGCAAAUUCAUGAAGGAAUUUCAGCAAAAAUGUUCUCUCUGAAUGGUACUGGUGAAGCAACUCUGUAUGAGAGAAGAAGUAUAGACCUGAGGAUGUAUAUGCUUUGCUUUCUCCCAUUUAUAUUUCUUUUGGUCCUUGUUCGUGAACUUAAGAGCUUGUCCGUACUUUCACUCCUUGCCAAUCUUUCCAUGGCAAUCAGUCUUAUAAUAAUCUACCAAUAUGUUAUUAGAGAUAUACCAGAUCCCCGGAAUCUUCCAGCCGUGGCUGGUUGGAAGAAAUAUCCACUCUUUUUUGGUACAGCUGUAUUUGCUUUUGAAGGCAUUGGAGUGGUCCUUCCAUUGGAAAAUCAAAUGAAAGAAACAAAACGCUUCCCAGAAGCAUUGAACAUUGGCAUGGGGAUUGUUACAACUCUAUAUAUAACAUUAGCCACUCUUGGAUAUAUGCGCUUUCAAGAUGAAAUCAAAGGCAGCAUAACUUUAAAUCUUCCUCAAGAUGAAUGGUUGUAUCAAUCAGUGAAAAUUCUGUAUUCCUUUGGGAUUUUUGUGACUUACUCAAUUCAGUUCUACGUUCCAGCAGAAAUAAUCAUUCCAGGAAUCACAUCCAAAUUUCAAAAUAAAUCGAAGCUAAUUUGUGAUCUUAUUAUUAGGACUUUCUUGGUAUUUAUUACCUGUCUUGUAGCAAUCCUGAUUCCUCGUUUGGAUAUAGUGAUUUCACUUGUUGGAGCUGUGAGCAGUAGUACAUUGGCACUCAUUCUGCCACCUUUAGUUGAAAUUCUUAUAUUUUACAAGGAAAGUUUCAGCCUGUGGAUGAUUCUCAAAGAUAUCUUAAUAUUAUUCAUUGGAAUUGCUGGUUUCUUAGUAGGUACAUAUGUAUCUAUUGAAGAAAUUAUUUAUCCUGCUACCACAUUAUUGCCUAAUGCUACACAAGGUCCAGCUGUAAGUCUCAAUUCAACCUAUGUGGCAUCUGGUUUCAAGUAGUGGUGAUAGGAUUGCAAAUUUUCUACUCUUUGCUUAACUGUGAAAAUGUAGUAUAAGAUGAAAACUAGGAGAACUUAUUUUUAAAACACUUUUUUUUACAUUUUUUCCAAUAUUAUUCUUAUUGUAACAAGUGGCCAUUCUUUAUUAGUAAUAGUCUUUUUAAAUUAUUUACCUUAGUGAAACCAUGCCAUUCAGUUUCAACAAUUUCAAAGAAAAUCAAAAGGUUACAGUUUACUUUACCUUUUAGUCUUUUUUUUUUUUGUUUUACCCUACCUCAUCCAGGAGACUUUCAAGCCAGAUUUUUUUUUCUAUUUAGGAGAUAGGCCAUUCCAUUCUUGGCUAUUAUUCUGUCAGUGGGAACAAUAAGACUUUAAUAAUAAAUACCUUAAAAAUCAACCAAGAAGAAAUAAACAUCUUCCCCAAACUAUGAGAGUGUAUAUUAGUGCAUACAUUGUAAAGAAUGUAAAAGAUUGUGAUUUUAUUGUUUACCAUUAAUCAGCUUUACAAAAGCAAACUAUUGGUUCAAACAGAAGCAAUUAAAAAUUGUAUGUUGUAUGUUAUACAUAUAUCUAUACACAUAUUAUGUAGAUAGAUAUAUGCAUACAUGUAUAUAAUUUCUUUUAUAGUUCUUUACAAUUAUUAUUGAUAAUAAUAAUGAUGACUUAUAAAAUCCUGAAAUGCCUUCUGAAUUAUCAAAGUCAUUAUUAAUCAGUAAUAAUAAUGUAAGUGGAUCAUUGGAGUAAAAAUUAUAUUUAUUUUAAUAUAUUUUUAAAUUUUUCAGUUAACCUGAAUAUUCAGUUAAUAAUAAUAUUCUCAUAUCAACUAUGCCAAAUAAAAGGUUAUUGUACCUUCAGAUGAAAGCUGUCUUUUUCCCUGUGUGUGCAGGAAGACAACAGAGAUGAGGGCAUGUAACCCCAUCUACUUCUCCUUGAUUUAUUUUUUUCUAAGUAUGGGUUGGCGUUUACUGGAGAGAAUCUCAAGGUGGUUUGAAAGGUCUAAAUUUUGAUAAGUCAGAGAGUGAUUGAGGGGAAUAAUCCAGACCUUUAUUGAUUCUUCAUUUGUCAGACCCAUUUGGCAGUGUGAUUGCUGAGUAAUACAAUUUAAUUGUAGUCACAUACUUCUGUCAGCUUCUCUGUCCUUUUUUCCUCUCUGGAGCCUGCAGCUGCUUCCUCAUGUCUUCUCUUGUACCUAGGAACUUCUCUAUGCUUCCUCUGCCCCUCUCAGGGAGUCUUAAGACAGUUUGCAGAGUCUGAGGCUAGCCCUCCCUUAUUCAUUACAGCUGACUCCUCUGGUAGUAAGCAACUGAUAGGACUUCCAGUGUCCCUGUACUUUUCCAAACCUUUACCUAGCUGGAUCCCAAGCUUUCAUUGACUAGAAUAUGUAAAACAAACUAAUCACAAAAGGAUUUAUUCUUGCUAAAAUAGUUAUUUAUGAGGAAGUAAAGGAUGAAAUCAUAAAUCUUUUUUGAACCUUAUGAGAUAGAGAAAAAAUUCUUUCCCCUGCUUGAUAAGCCUUGAUUAUUAAAAACAUUUUUUAAAAUCUUUCAAUUUACAUAGAAGAUGAAAAUUAAAGGAUGAAAUAUGAUUACAGAGUAUGAAAAAUGCAAUUGUACUCUUGGUUUGUAUGGUUCUUGAUUUAAAAGGUUUUAUACUUUUUGUCACAGUAGCAAAUAUUCUGUGAUAGAAUAGCAUUAUUUAAAGAGAGCUAUCAAGAUCACAAUAAUGAUGCAUUUCUUCCAUCUUGAUUUAUUUUUUGCAAAUUUGCCUUAGCUUAAGGACUGUUUGCUCAUAUCAUUAGCCUCAUUAAGUGCAAACUACAUGCAUCAUAUUCUUUAUUUUGAUAACCAUUCAUGAGAGACUUUGUAUUUGUAGCUUUAUGAAGAUCAUCAGAUAGUAGUUUGCUGUGCUUUUAUUUAAUAUUGAGAGUAUUACAUUGAAUACUAAUCGUUUUAAAAUGAGAAUUUAAAGGCUAUCAAAAAUAAAACAAGAAACUUUAAUGAAAAGUAAAAUCUGUUAUUGUUAUGAAAAUACUAAUUUGUACAAAUAUUACUAUGUUACCAAAAACUACUACCUUUCAUCAAUUUUAAAUGUAAAUUAAUGCUAGGUAUUUAUUAUUUGCCUUCUGAAAAUAGAUUAUUCUAACACAGUUCUGUUUCCUUUUCAUUAAUAAGCAUUUAUUCCAUUCCUUGGGUAUUUUUCUGAUCUAGAAACAGAACUUCUGUAAUAAAUUAUUUUUAAUUUAGCACAUAGAGAAAUUAUACACGGUUUCAUCAGACACUCAUAUAAAAAGAGUUUUUGUCAAUUAAAUAUUACAUUAUGAAGUUCUUUAACUUACCCAGUGUUUUAAAUGUAAAGAUAACAGAACAAAAGCAAACAAAUAGGGAAUCUUAAGAGUAAGAAGGUAACUUGACUUUUUAGCAAGAAAUGUCUUUGUCCAAUAAAGAAAUAAUAUACCAAUGCAUUACUUAUUAUAGAUGGAUGAUAAGACAGAAUGUUAUAGGCAGUAGAGGAGCUAGUCUUAAAGUCAGGAAGAUCUGGGUUCAAGUUUGACUUUGAUACAAAGUAUAUGAUCCUAGGCAACUCGUUUAACUUCUCAAUGCCCUUGACUACUCUUUCAAACUCAUUAAGUUUCAAAGAAAUUGCUGUUGAGCAUUGAUAAAUGCAGUUUCCUCCUUUUGGGUUCCCUACACUACAGUAAUGAACUCACAGGUCUGGCAAAAGAAAAGGGGGUGGGGGUGGGCAGAGAUGUUUGUAACAAAGAUGUAUUCUUUACAAUGGAAUUUGCUGGAGAGUGCUGUUAGGUUUUUCUGUGAAAAAUUCAGUUUUGGUGAUAAAGACUUUCUAGAUAAAAUUUUUCUGUGAAGAUUUCUCUUGCUUGUUGAUUAUUCACUACUGCUUUUACACUGGCUGUGAGAGUAUGAAUGAAUUUAUAUGCCAAAUGUAUAUGUUGUCUCCUGUAUAUCACAUUUUGGGUUAAAGAUUUUUUUUGGUUUUCUGUGUGUCAUGUUGAAUUCAUGUUCUGCUGAAGUGCCAUAUUCUGUCAUGUGGGAAACUUGGACUGCCACCAAAAUUAAAUCAUUUAGCCUUUGGGCAGCAGAGAGUAUAGGAGCAGGAUGGGGAGGGUGCUGUCAGAAAUCUGAAAUAAUAAAGAAGACAGCCCAGUUCCUAUUCCUGACAUUUACUGGAUGUGUGAUUUAGGGCAAGUCACUUUACUCUCAAAUUCCAACUUCCUAAGAAGGAAAAUUAUGGGAUUGGAUCUGAGAAUCUUUAAGAUUUUCUCCAGAUUGUGAUUCAGUCUCUUAAGAGUAUUUUCUCAUUCCAGAUAAGUGAUAAUUCAUAUGGGUAUUCAGGUUUGGGGAAUUUAAGAAACAGAAAAAGUGUCACACUGACUUGAUUUACCUACACUGUUUACUGAUAAUAUUACAAAACAGCUUGGUAUAGAAAAGUUACAAGAUCUGUAUGUCUUCUGUUUUAAUUCUUGAUUUCCCCAAAUGAAGUCAGACAUCUAGGUGGCUAAGUAACAGGUAAUAAACAGUGCUCAAGAAUCUGUCUAACCCAGAAAAAACCAAAAGCUCCCAAACAUCUGCGGGCAACCUAGAACAAAGGGGACUUGCAGGAUUAGGGUGAGGAAACUGUGGCUGCCUUUGAAUACUCCCUUCAUAAGGGGUCAAACAAGCUUAAAAUCCAGGGAUGGUAUAGUUCUUUUGGAGUCAGGACCUAUGCUUAGUUGUGCAUUAGUCAGUCCAUGUGGCUGUAUCUCCUUCUUCCUUCUGGAAGAAAGAGCUAACCUGACUACACAUUCAUAUUGGUAUCACUGAUUUCCAAAUUGGGCCUUCUAGAGAAUUGUAUUUAAUUUAAAACUGGUUCUCAAAUGGUUUGGUCAGAGACUUUCUCUUUUCUUCCUGUAUUCUUUAACAGUCCUGUUCUCUGAAGGGGUUAAAGAAAAAAGUUAACCAGAAUUCUACAUUAUUAAAAUUAUGGUAAUUAGGGUUAUUAUGGCUUGGCAUCAAUUUGGGCUGAUGAUCACAUCCAAGUAUUAGCAAAUUCAUUUCUUGGCGUCGUCUUUUCAAUUCUUUCUUCAUGGAAGUCUUAAUUUUUGCUAGAGACAUUGUUUCUAUGGAUAUUGUACUUAAAUUUUCUAAGUCUGUGAGACUUGUACAAAUUGUAGCAGGGGCUUACCCUUACUCAAUAUUCUCAAGCAUAGGUUAUUUUCUAAAGUAAUAAAUUAUUGUACCUCAUAAUAAACUCCAAAUAGAAUUUUAAUUUGUGAAUUUGGAAAAUUCCAUUUGUCAACAGCCCAUUAGGUCCCAUGUAGUAGUUUUUUCUUUCUUUUGAUCACUUAGAAAAGAGAACAGUAAUGGAGAAAGCUUGUACAGUAAAUAAAAUAACAAAUAUAUUAUCAUAAAUGAUAAAUUAGCAUAGUCAUGCAUAUACUGGAUCAACAAAUGCUAACUAUUGAAAAACUGAGGUGGAUAAGUAAAGACCAGAGAAGAGAACAUAGAAUAAAAGAUGUUGAACUGUCUAGCUCCUAUCUCCAUGAUUCCUUUGGAACUUCCUACAUUGCAGUUUGAGAAACACUUUUUAAAAGUUUCUAACAUGAUAGUGAUGAGUAUGCGGAAGUUUUAGCAUCAUAAUUAUUAUCUUGUGACAGAACAUGUUGCCACCGAGUUUCUUCCAAGUCACUCUGAAAAUAAAUGUAUGAGUAUAUUUGGCCUCCUUAUGAGGUCAAAAGAAAAAUAAGCCAAAGAAAUGAUAAGGAAUAUAUUCCAAACCCCUCUGAAAAUGAAAGGACAGCUCAUUAUGAUUUUUAGGAGAGACCCUACCAAUAUUAGUCCGUUUCUGUGCACUCUGUAUACUAUAUGGAUUUUAACUUAUUAUUUUAGUUGAGAAUUAUAAACCUUCAUUACUAAUGACCAAAAAAUUGUGUUGGCACUUUCUUUAAUAAAAAGUGGGAAAAUGCAGCUUUACCAAGUUUUAAGAAAAUUAAUCUCAAAUUGAGAAUUUUUUAUGGUUCUAAAUCAAAUCAUGUCUCUGAAGCCCUUACAUUUUUAUUCUUAGUCAGUGGUCGAAUGUGAAAGAAGAGAAUUUGUGUGUUCUGUAACUUAAGUUUUUGGAAUUUCAAUAAAGAUAACAUCAUUA